CCAGCCAGUUUGCGUCACUGCCUCGCAGAGCAGAGAGCAGAGCGAGCUGGGGAGAGCAGACAAGUUUGAAGGGGAGGGCAGGCAGAGUUAGCGGCCCCCGAGGCGCUCCUCUCCCACCGCCCAUCCCUUUCCUGUCUUCUUCCCCUCUGCUUCUCUCUCUGCCCUUAACUUUUCCCCGAAAACCUCUUAUUUAGCCAAAGGAAGGAGGUAAGGGGAACACUCUCCCCUCCCCCCUCCAAAAAAACCCCUAACUUUUCCAGUCCGGAGAUCGCAGGGGAGCGAGUGGGCGCCCAGCUGGCCAUGGAGCUGCUGUGCUGCGAGGUGGACCCGGUCCGCCGAGCCGUGCCGGACGCCAACCUGCUCCAAGACGACCGCGUGUUGCAGAACUUGCUCACCAUCGAGGAGCGCUACCUUCCCCAGUGUUCCUACUUCAAGUGCGUGCAGAAGGACAUCCAGCCCUACAUGCGCAGGAUGGUGGCCACCUGGAUGCUGGAGGUCUGCGAGGAGCAGAAGUGUGAGGAAGAGGUCUUCCCUCUGGCCAUCAAUUACCUGGACCGCUUCCUGGCCGGAGUCCCAACUCCGAAGACCCACCUGCAGCUUCUGGGGGCCGUGUGCAUGUUCCUGGCGUCCAAGCUGAAAGAGACCAUCCCGCUGACAGCCGAGAAGUUGUGCAUUUACACGGACAACUCCAUCAAGCCUCAGGAGCUGCUGGAGUGGGAGCUGGUGGUGCUGGGCAAGUUGAAGUGGAACCUGGCAGCUGUCACCCCCCACGACUUCAUCGAGCACAUCCUUCGGAAGCUCCCCCAGCCCAAUGAGAAGCUGUCUCUGAUCCGCAAGCACGCGCAGACCUUCAUUGCUCUGUGCGCCACUGACUUCAAGUUCGCCAUGUACCCGCCGUCAAUGAUCGCAACUGGAAGUGUGGGCGCCGCCAUCUGCGGGCUCCAGCAGGACGAGGACGUGAGCUCGCUCACGGGCGACGCCCUAGUGGACCUGCUGGCCAAGAUCACCAACACGGACGUGGACUGCCUCAAAGCCUGCCAGGAGCAGAUCGAGGUGGUGCUCCUCAACAGCCUGCAGCAGUACCGUCAGGACCAGGGCGACGGAUCCAAGUCAGAGGAUGAACUGGACCAGGCCAGCACCCCUACAGACGUGCGGGAUAUUGACCUGUGAGGAUGUCGGGCGGGCCGAUCGGCGGAGAGACGUGUUCAAUCUGUUCUCUCCGUCUCUCCGGUUGUGUUUUGUUCUCUUAUGUUUUAGGAUGAAACCUUAAAAAAAAAAUUCUGCCCCCCUACCUAGAUCAUAUUGAAAGAUCUUUUAGAAGUGAGAGAUAAAGGUCCUAUAAAAACGGAAUAAUUAAAAGCAUCUGGUGCCUAUUUGAAGUACAACAGAAGGGAAUCCCUUAUCUAUGCGAACAGUUAUUGUUUGAUUAUGUUAAAAGUAAUAGUAAGAUGCUUACAGGAAAACCUGCAAAGUAGCUAGAGAAAAAAAUGUACGCCUGCAAUAUGGGAACAAAUUAGAGGAGGCUUUUUUUUUUCCUUCAUGUUAUGAACUAGCAUGUAUACACCCCUUGUAGGAUAAUUUGGAGGAUCUGCGGAUGCCACUUGUGGCAUGAUUAGAGUGCAAAGCAAUGAACUCGAGAAGGAAUUAGAAAUAAGGAGGGACGUGGUGGGGAGGGAGCUACCUAAUAGUCUAAACGCGAUCGAACCAUUUUGGAUGGAGAAGCGCCCUUGCCCCGACUGCCUGUUUGUUACUAAGUCAAGAGCGUUGCUAAGUCUCUAGCUAGAACGUUUGCUGUCUGCAGUAGCUGCUACCUAAGAGAUGUGCUGUUUCGCCCGUUGGACGCAGGUCAUCGCAUCCUGGGUUUUGUGUUUUCGGACAUCUUGCUGCUUCUUCCAAACAUGGUUCGUUGCGGACACCACCCGAUUUUUAUCUAAAGGGGCAAUCUAGCUAUGGGCCAUCCCCCACGCACCCCCCUCCAAAAAAAAAAAAAAAAACUCCUAUGAAAUGGAGGCAGACAGAGCCCGAGGGUGGGAUCUGGAAUGGAACCUUUUUCUCCUGACGUGUUAAAGAGAGUCAUGUGACCUUGGCAUCCCUCAUUCGGAAACAGACGAAUUUUUGGUGCUGAUUGGCAUGUCUGGUCCACAGGCGAGCGUUGUUAUAAACCAUUCCAUUCGAAAAGCACUUUGAAAAAUUGUUCCCAAGGGAUAGAUGGGAUGGUUUAUGCAAAUCAUGCAGAGUAGCUGCCUCCCUUCUUCUCCUGUCCCCCCCCCCCCCCCCGUUGGGUUACUGUUCUCAUCCUGUAUCUCACAUCCUCUCGUAUCCCCACUGGGACUCAGGACACAUCCCUUUCCGCUGAAAUUCCCAUCACAACACUCCUUCGAAAAAGCGUAAAAACACAGAUCUGUUACCAUUUCAAUGGCACAGAGCGAUCUUCCCCACCUCUGUACUUCUCCUUUGGACACAGAAAGAAACUUUACUGCUGGUGCAAAGGUCAUCAGAGUGGCAUUUUGUUCCCGGUUCUGUUUUUGUUGUUGUUGAUUUCAUUGCAAAGUUGCAUUCAGCGUACUUGAAUUUCUUUUGUUUCCUCUCCACGUCUUAGAGGCAUUCAGUUCGCAGAGAGGUUGGAGCACCAACUUUUUUUUUUUUUUUUGCACAAUUAUAAUUGACAGGUAAUGAAGCUAUUAAAAUAUUUGCCUUUUUUAAGUAAAAAAAAAAUCAGAACAGGGCUACUUUGAAGAAUUAUUUUAUACACAGAGUCUGCCUUGUUUCGUAGUAUGAGGGUUUAAGAUGGAGAAAAAUCUAAGGGUCUCUUAUUUUUCAUUUUAUUAUGUUCAGUUUUUUAUUAUUUUUUUUUUUUUUUUUGCGCUGCUAAGAAGCUAAGAACAUUCAUGGUCACUCACGUUAACAGUGCGUAGCUGUCAUGUCUCACCGUGUGCUGCUAUCUUAUAAACGUGUUUAUAAUAUAUUAUUUUACUGCUUAAAUUCCAAGUCCUGAAGUAGAUGGUUGAGAUAGGAGUUCUUCGUACUGGAAAAGCCCUUCCAUACAGAGUUUGUUUUCUUCUGGUAACAUAUUCAUGGGUUUUUUUUUUUUUUUUUCCUCUCUGAUCACAUCCUUCAAAGACAGAGUAUCUUUACCUCAGGUUUACUGGACAAAAAUCAAUAGCUACAAAAGAAAAUGGUUCAUUUUUGUUCUCAUAAUACCUCACAACCGUACAGUUUCCGCUUGGGGGCCCGUUCGUUGGCAAGGGGAAGGCAGAGUGGGGAGGAGGCCGCAGCCCCUCCCAGGCGGAAGGUGGGGAAUUUGGCCCCAGGGUCUCAGGCCCAGGGACCUCUUCAGUCAUGAAGGUCAUCGGGCUCCCAUUUUGACUCCGGUAUCCUCAUCAUGAUGGAAAAAAUGCAACUGAACCAAGGGGCUUCCCCUCCCCGGCAAGGCCGGCUCUCAGCACAGAGGUUGAGGCAGCGGGCCAGGAAGUCACGGUCUGCACUCGGGUACCAGGGACCGGGAGACCCACUAAAGAAUUCCGGCGGUCUCUUGGGAGAACCUCACCUUGCAGCCCUUUCUAACGCAGGGCUCUCAUCUGCUCCGGGUCCCUUCGUCUGGAAGCCUUCCCCUCUCUCUGGCCCCUUCCCGGACAUGGGCAGCCCCCCCGCCCCCCCAGCUCAGGGUGCUCUCGGAACCUGCAGCAGGCUGGGGGCUGGGGCUGGCCAGCGCUAUGCAAGGCCGGGUCCUCCGCUAAGUGGUUACAGAAUGGUUUUCUGGUUUUAAAUCGUGCGUUGAGAAAUGGGUCUGAUGAGUAGAGGAUUGCUAGUGGAAGGGAGGUGGGGAGCUGCAUCUCUCCUGAGACACAAGUCCUGAUGAGUCCGUCUCACUCGCAGUGUGUUGGAUGGGGUCAGGACUCAGCAGGUUCCUCGACCCCUAACGUUCUAGGGCUUUCUGGUGGGCCAGUGGGUGGUGAAUUCUGAGGUUUGGGAGAGGAAGGCUGAGCAGCCCAUGUUUGACCGAGAGCCCCACUUGGCACGGACCGCUCUUCUGGGCCCGGAGGGGCGCCACAGGAUGGAGGGAGGCCCAGGCCCAAGAGUUCCCGGGAGUCUCGGAGCCUAAAGAGACGGCCAGGUACAGAUUCCUUUCCCCGUGACCAGCCCUUAAGCUCAGACAGGCAGCGAAUGAGAGAACCUGACAAACAAGGAGGGGAACAGGCCGGCAGGCUCUCCCCCAGUCUGUAACUUUCCACUUUUCCUGGAGCCCCGGGGCCACUGGGGCCUUCUGACUUUUUCUCCUUCCCAUCCUUGGGGCCUGGUGGGAUGGGAGGGGUGGGUUUGCUGACAGGGACAGUGCCAGGUAAUUUGGCCCUUCUGCCUGUUCCCUCCUGACACAGAAGUCAGCCUGGGUUUGUUGAUUGCCUGACAGCCUCUCGUCGGAUCUCGGUUUCCUUGCAGGAGUCUCUGUCCCAGAGGAGUCUGGUUCUCCCCGUGGACUCUGUUCCUCUUCCUCUCCUCCCACAGGAGGGGUUCCAAACGUGUUCUGGCCUAUUUCUGCCUUGUUGUCUUUCUAUCUCUACUUCUUCCCUUUGGUUUUUUGUUUGUUUAUUUGUUUGUUCUUCUCCAUCAGUGGGGGCUGAGUUGUUGCCCUAGCCUGGCAAAUUUUGUUCCUUCCCCUAUUUUGGCCAAACCUUAGGGGGAAACAGCCUUGUACGCCAAAAAUAAUAUGCUAAGCAGACUUCAGUACCACGCGGGCUCAUGACGCCUAGAAGCCUGCAGGUGGAGGCAGGGGACAGGUGCCCCGGCAGAAUGUCCCCCUGUGCUGAGAGGAGGGGCCUCUCUCCGAGGAGGCCGUACUCUGGAACUGACCCCACCCCACUGAGCAGCCCAGCCCGUCCCACAGCCCGGUCCCCGUGGGUCUGCCUGCUCCGUGCAGAGACUCUGCCCUGCCUCCCUCGUCGCCCGAGUCUGGCACACGUGGCUGGGGGUGGAAAGACAACCCUUCCCUUUGAAGGGGCUGCAUCCCGGCCCCUUCAGGGGUGACCACGCAGCCCCGGAAGCCCGGACAGCAGCAGGAUGGAGAUGACUUCCUCAGAGAGGGCAGGGAGAUUUUCUCUGCAUGGGCCGCAGGGGCCAGGGCUGGGAGGAGAACGAGACUUGCACCUUAUAGCAUGUAAAUAACGAUUUUCUAGUUCAAGAAGAGCGUAUUGGUAGAGUGGGCCUGAGGGGUUGGAACAGGGAGGAAGUCUGGGUAAGCCAGCUGACUUCUAAGCCCAGAGGACUCUUCUUCAUGUAUGUUUGAGACAGUCCGACCCUGAGAAUAGCUUUAAAAGGGAAAUCAGUGCUGAGACGGUCAAGUCCCCUGAAGCCAACAGACGGAAGCUCUGUCUCUGUGGCGUGCAGGCUGGCUGCUGUGGGCGGGGCCACUCGCACCGCUGUCCACUGGUACCGAACAGGGCAGAAGAGUCCGGGGGGUGUUGCCAGCAUCCCCUUCCCACGCUGCCUCACUUGAUUCUGGAUUCGGAACAGCCCAGAACAGCCCCCUCAGCCAGAACGACCCUUCUCCUCUGUGUGUCUCUGCUUGUAGACUUGGCUUGGGCUGUCAGACCCGACCCUUGGCUCAGGUUUCGAAAAGCCAUCGGCAGCAUGUCCACUAUGCUCACCAGGCUGGAGCUGCGACAUUUAUUCCUUUGCCUGCAGCCUGCUUUGGGGAAAAAAAGUGCCUUACUGACUGUAGCCAUUAGAGUAGCCAGUAUAUUUUGACAGGUGCCUCUCCUUUGAAAAAAAAAAAAAGUUUUCCUUUUUUUUUUUUAAUUGGUUUUAUUUCUGACUGCUGGCCAACUCUUAAAUCCCCAGCAAAUCACCGGGCCAUUGGAUUUUUUCCAUUAUGUUCAUUACCUUUGUACCACGUACCUCAGAUCUCUCUCUCUCUCUCCCUCCCAGUUACAGUUUCUCGUCUUGGACUUCUUUUAUUAUUAUUAUAAUUUUUUUUUUUUUGCUUUAAAACAAGUGUGAUGCCGUAUCAAGUCAAUGUUAUUCUCUCACAAUGUACUCUUUAAGAGGUGUGGGUGUGUAUUUGGGGUGCUAGCAAGUGCUGAAGUGAUGUGAUCGGUGUAAAUGGAAGGUUUUUAGGAAGUAUGGGAAAACAGUGUUGUGUCGGCUGUGAUGGUGACAUGAUAUGUAGUCAGCUGCCUUUUAAGAGGUCCUGUCUGUUCAGUGUUAAGUGAUUUUUAAAAAUAAUAACCUGUUUUUCUGACUAGUUUAAAGAUGGAUUUGAAAAUGGUUUUGGAUGCAAUUAGGUUGUGCUAUUUGGACAAUAAACUCACCUUGACCUGAAAAA